AUGACGGAUGGUGAUGCUGUUGUAACCACGAUAUACUCAUUUAUUCCAAAGCCGCUAUUUAACUUUUUGAAUUAUCCAAUAAUAGGUAAACUCAUCAAUUAUACCAAGAUAAUUGUCGGAAUCUCUUUAUCAAUAGCAACCUUAGGUUUGGUUGCAUUAUAUAAAUGCCAAAACUGGCUUGUUUAUCCUUCGGGAUUAAAUGAAGGCAGAACGUUCUACGAUACUCCAGAUAGCUAUGGAAUGAAGUACCAGUCGGUCAAAAUAACAACUUCUGACGGAGAGGUUUUGGAUUGUUUUGCUUUGAAGCACAAUCCAUAUGAUAAGGAUUAUACCAAUAAAACUGUUUUGCUUCUUGGUCCUAAUGCAGGGAACAUAUCUCACUAUUUACCAAUCGUGGAAUUCUUCCAUAAGUAUUACAGGUACAAUGUGUUUGUUUACAGUUACAGGGGCUACGGGAAAUCAACGGGGAGUCCAUCAGAAACAGGAUUAAAAAAUGAUGCGCGAGCCGUGCUUGAAUACCUUGCGAAUGAUAAGCAAUACUACAAGUCUUCGAUCAUAUUGUACGGAAGGUCUCUUGGUGGUGCUGUUGCAAUUUACAUCACCUCGUUGACAAGUAAAUACUGGAAUAAUCAGCAGGAGGAACCAAUGGAUGACUGUGGCUUGAGAAGUAGGAAAAAUGCCCAAGUCAGACCGGAUACCCCUAAAUUUUACCCUAGGAUUUCGUGUGUGAUAUUGGAGAAUACAUUUCUAUGUCUUGAGAAAGUCAUUCCAUAUAUAUUCCCAGUGCUCAAGAAUUUUUCCAAGUUGUGUACUCAAAAAUGGAGAAGUGAAAAAGAGAUUCUAAAUUCCGAUCCUAAAAUCCCUUUUCUAUUUCUUAGUGGUUUAAAGGAUGAAAUCGUUCCUCCAUAUCAUAUGCAACAAUUAUAUGAAUUGUCACCCUCAGAUAAUAAAUUCUUGAAGACGUUCAAGAAAGGUUAUCACAACAAUACCUGCAACCAGGCGGACUACUGGCAAAUCUUACACUCAUUUAUUCAAAAAAACGUUGAUCCUAAAGAACUAGAUUGA